AUGGCCAAGAAGCGCCAGUAUGCAGAGGAGUUUCGAGCCAAACAGACAGCUGAUGGCGAAAUCUUCCUCGGCUACAUGCCGUACAUCUGCCAUGAGAUGGGCCUUCCGGAGCCAACGAGUGCUGAGGAGAGGGAGGCACUCUUCCGGACGAUCACUUCGCUGCAUACGCUGCAGCAGCAUGGACCACUCGUCAAACUCAUGAGAUGGUUUUCUUACUUCGAAUCGCACCAAUUUUAUGCUGGCGAACACUUCUGGACAAAGAUGCUGAUUGGGGAAGGUGGGCCGCCACAGCAAGGCAUCCAGCCUGAGGCAGUGCUGACACCGGAUAUCUUGGCCGGCAAUCUGGACGAUCGAGAGGAGCUACGACAACUCAAGCUCAAGAUGGGCUCAUGGCGACUUGCACCGUUGCUCGUAACACCAUGGACCUGGUGGAAAAACGAGCUUUUGGUCUCCAUGGCGACGCCAGUCUGGAGCUGCUUCACACAGAAAGCCCAGCAGCUCAAGUUGCCUCACGAGAUCGCCGGUGACAUCGCCAAAAGAGCUGGGACCAAGCUCUGGGCCGAGGAGAUCCACGCUGUGCUCGGGAAUGGCUUCUUUGAUGGGCUGAUCCACUUGAUCCGGGACAUGGCCGAGGUCGCUUCAACAGCAGCCGAACGCCGGGCCUACAACAACCAAGUGGUUGAGCUUCUGACCUUCGUCAGCACGCAUCUUGCCGACACAGUUAUCGCGGAAAAUACACAUCAACUGGCCAAAGACGCGCUCAGGGACGCACGCCACUUUCAAAAAUCUCGGACAGGGAAGCAAAUUGCUUGCGUACGCUGCAGUGCAAUACCGAGCCGUGGUGUGCCCUGCUUGAAGGUGUCAGAUGAUCAGAAAGCCACUGCUGCUGUGGGCAAGUCCUCGAGCUUUGACAAGCUCACGCGCCCCAACACCCAUGCUCUCAAAAAGGAGCUCCAGAGGCUCAUGGAAACUAAAACGAAGCAGCAUACGUGGCCGAGCACGACCCAGCAGAUGGAGUGGCAGCAAGUUGUGGCAACAGAGUGGUUCCUCUGCUACAUGCAAGAUGAGGACAAGUUCGCAGCUGGACCCAACUCUGCUUGGCUGUCUGUCUUGGCUGGGGCACCAGGCGAGGUGGUAGCAUGCCAGAGUGCAGGAGAGAUCAUGUUGAUCUUGGCUGUUGGAUCUUAUGGCUUCGUUGCUUGGGACCUGGAGCUGGCGGCAGGAGUCCGCACGGAUGCUGGGAUGUCGACUUUCCGGCCCUACAGGCACAAUGCCAUCCGAUUCCACCACAUCACGGAGCUGGAGGACUGGGUUUCCGUUCCUGUCAAGCCUGCCUGUCUGGCCCGCACGGCCCGCUGCACCUGGAACAGACCUCUGAGGCCAUGUCGAAUCCAUGCCGGACUCAAUCUGACAUGCAAGCAGUGCCAGGACCUGUUGGCAUUGUUCAAAGUCAACUUUCGCAAAAACCAGUCACGAGCCAGCUUGCACGGCCUAAUCCUCGAGCUUUUCUUGGAAACCGAGCACGAGAAACAAGAGGGCAGGAGGAAGAUGGCUGCCUGCUUGCUUCCGCAAGAAGAAGAACACGCUGAGGACAGUGACAUGGAGGAGUUGUUGGAACAGGUCGAGGAUCUCGAGAAUCAGGGCGAUCCAGAGAUCCAGAAAGAGAAGGAGAAGAUCAAACAAAGGAGAACUGGACGGAUCGCUGUCCCCAGAGCUGCUGGUCCCGACGAGGGAGAACAAGUUCCGAAACGGAAGGCUAAGGCCAAGGCUCCGCCAAAGCAACGGAAGAAAGGCUUGCUCAAGCCGAAGAUGAAGGCUCAUCUAGGGCUCGGGUUUACAGGCUGA